AUGACCACCCCGGCUUUCGAUGCGGGCCCUACGCUCGGUGCUCUGUUGAUUGGGACGCUGAUCUCAUGCAUUCUCUGGGGCAUUGGCGCCGUCCAGGUUUACGGGUACUACUCGCGAUUCCCUGAAGACAGGCUGGCUAUAAAAGCCACGGUUGCAUUUGUCUGUCUAUGCGAAACUGCUCAUAUAACUUGCGUCAUGCAUACUCUCUAUUCCUGGCUCGUAACGGACUAUGGCCAUCCUGAACGCUUAAUGGAGCGCCCACCGCCGUCAGUGCUCGGAUUUAUUUUCCUGACUGUGGUCAUUGCGGUUUACGUCCAGCUCUUCUUCUCCUACCGCAUCUACGUUCUCUCCUCCUCCCUGGUCAUCCCCAGCCUCGCUACCCUCCUCUCUGUGGCGCGUUUUGCCCUUGGAAUGACGAUUUUCGGCGUCGGCUUCCGGAUUGCUUCCCUGAGCGAGUAUGUUGCGAAAUGGGACAAACUGGCGCUCGCGAUCUGGAGUCUGAGCGCUGCAGAAGACGUACUCAUCACCGCGACCCUCGUUUUCCUGUUGUGGAGACAGCGAGCUCAAGACAGCACCACUGGGCAAACGGCUAUUUUACUCGACAAGAUCAUUAUGUGGACCAUCGAAACUGGACUCUUGACAAGUACAUUUUCGCUGGCAAUGCUCGUCUGUUUCCAUCUUAUGUCCAACAACUUUGUGUGGAUCGCGAUGUUUACCAUUGAAGCGCGCCUGUUCGCAAAUUCUCUCUUCGCAAGCCUCAACUCGCGGACAGUACUGCGCCAGGCGCGUUCUGGGAACCUGUCAGGCUCUGGCGAGCCACUAUCAACCUUUGAUGCUGACGCGCCAUUCACGGUGUCACAUGCGACUGCAUCCGGAGGGUCGAUUGAGCUGGAUUCGGUGCAGCGGGGGAAGGGCGACUCCGCUUAG